UCCAGAUCGAAGAUUUUCUGUCUUCACAAUUGAAGAGUAAACAACGGAAGUAGAUGGCUCGGAAUAAUUUUAGAAAUCAACAAAUAUCCAAUAUUUUGAUGUAUUUAUCUAAUUAGAUUUUGCCAAGAUGGCAGAUUCAGACGAUUUUGGGCCCAUGGAGUCUGCAGAUGAUGUAGCUGUUUUGAAGUCGAGGGUAGAAGAGCUUGAGGAUAGGGAAAGGAAACUUCUAAAACUGAAAGAAGAAAAUGAAGCAGACUUUGGACAAAAACGUGCAAGAUUCAGAGAACUGUUCAUGCAAAAAGAAGCUGAACUAAAAGCUGAUAAAGAUAGAGUGACAAAACUGGAACAAGAGUUAAAAGAGACAAAGUCCGAGCUGGAAGAUAUCAAGACAGCAGUGGCUGUGUCGGAGGCAAAUAAAGAGGAGGAGAUCGCUAAAGUACGCAGACAGUGUGAGCAGGAGAUACAGACAAUGCAGGCAUUGUUGAAAGAGGCUGCGGAAGAGGCAUCUAGCUCGACUGCGGCACAGUAUGAAUCAGAGAGAGCCAAACUAAAGGAGCUGAAUGAAAAUUACGAGGAGGAAAUACAGUCAAUACGCAGUCGACUGUCACAAGAAAGACAGCUUGACAAAGGGAAAGGUUUCCUAUCGUCAGUUGCUGACAUUGUUUCUAGAGGGACGGCAUCAUUGAAUCCAGCUAGUUCUGAUUCUAAUACAGAAGCUGAAUCUCUAGAGGAAGAUAUGAGAAAAGCACAACAAGAUGCUGAGAUAUUGAAAUCUGUUGUUUUACCAUUAGAGCAAGAGAUUGAAAGUUUAAAACAGAAACUGAGAAAACAGACAGAUAAUGUUAGGUCUUUAGAGAAACAGAAACUGCAGUUACAGGAGAAACUUGUAUCAUUGCCGAAUGAGUUACCGAGUCCGACCAAAACUACAUCACUGCCUUCCUUGGAUGAUAUAAAAGAUCCGGAGGAAAAGAUACAACAGUUAAUGAAGUAUUUAAAGGCUGAGAAAGCUUCUAGAACAGAUCUAGAGAUGUAUGUAGCUGUUCUUAGUACACAGAAAAAUGUUCUUCAAGAUGACAAUGAUAAAACAAGAAAUGAGCUGAAAGAAGGGAAUGGCGAUGGCAACGAUCAUUCCUCGAUCUCCAAAAGAUUUGAUGAUGGACAUGAGAAGAAUGGAAAGUUUGCUGUCAGCAGAACAGCAGAGAUUACUAGCAGAACAACAGAAGAAAGAUCUGGAGAGAGAGGCUCAACAGAAGAAGGUGAAGAUUUGGAAGAAUUGAGAUUUAAAACAAGAGAAAGAACAAGAGCUUCUAAAGAAUACAGAAAACAAGAGCUAAGACUUUCAGACAGAUUAUUCAGUGACAAAAGUGCGUCAAAUACUUCGAUAAAUUCUGUUGGAUCUAUAGACUCGUUGAACUUUGACGACAGUCUCGCUGAAACGUCGUUAAAAAAAUCUCUCUCGAAUUCCGAGAUAAACUCUUUAUCAGAGCAGGAAUUCCUGCGAUAGUGGAUUACAUGAGACUCAGUCGUUGAGCGAGUGGAUAAUUUAACUAUAAGGAUUUCUCCGGAGAAAGUGAUAAAUUUACCUUCCCUCACUGAUGCACAAGUCAGAGCUAUAACAGCUCCUACACCAGAAAAUGAGGCGAGAAAAAGUUUAAUAGCCAGUGCCAAAUCUAAAACAGAUAGUAUAUCACUGCAAGGCAAACGUUUAGUUAGUGAUAAAGAAUGGCGAUUAAUGCAAGAACAGCUGCGAGCAGCUCGAGUGAAAAGCUUGGCAGGCCGUACUGUGAUAUGUGCAAUAAUUACGAAGCUCAACUACAAGAUUGGAAGUUUAGUGAACAAAGUGAAGGAAUGUGAGAAAUAUAUGUCAGAACUGAGGCAGCAACAUAAUUCCGCGCAGGUAGAACUUCAAGAAAGUUUGAGAAGUCUUUCAUCAGAAAGGACAGAGGUCCAAAAAGAGGUAAAGAUAGAUUUUACCAUGGUAAGUUAUCCACAUUCCAGUUUAUUACUUUCUGCUACUAAGAACUGUUCAAAUGGAUCUGAUGGAAAUUCUUUGUUGUAUUCCAGCUGUAUAAAUUACUGCGCAAAAAGUUAUGAAAAAUCAUUCAACAAAGGGUUGAAAAAGGCAACAGGAUCUCUAAAGAGUCAGAUAAUUUCCUCAAAGAUGGGUUUUGUAUCCGAGCAAAAGAAGCCCCGAUGGAAAAACCCUCAAAGAGAUCUUUCAUUACAAAAAAGAUUAGCCAUACAAGACAGUAUAAAGUCAGAGUUUGAUAGAGAGGCUGCAGUGCGUGCACAGGCCGAGGCCAAGCUACGUGAGAUGGACAAAGCAUUAAAAAGUCAGCAGGCACAAGCGAAGCAGCUAAUUGGUGGAUUAAAAAAACAAUUAGAGGAGCAGUCCAAUGCAAGGAUUCAACUAGAAAACGAAGUUCAUUCACUCAAAGUAAAAACACAGUCAUUACAAACAGAGCUUGAUAAUAGUGAAAUUGUACAAAGAGAUUUUGUAAAGCUUUCACAGUCACUUCAGAUCCAGUUAGAAGAAAUUAGAAAAUCAGAAACUGAGGUACGCUGGCAGAAUGAAGAGGACUAUGAUGACUGUCAUUCUUGUAAACAAGCAUUCUCUGUAACCAAAAGAAAGCAUCACUGCAGACAUUGUGGUCGAAUAUUUUGUUCAGAUUGUAUAACAAAGACUGUAAAUAGCGGGCCGAAGAUGCGGCCAGCCAAAGUUUGUGACGUCUGCCACACUAUACUGGUUGCAGACGCCAUGCCGUACUUCAGCACUGAACCACCCCAUACUCCAGAUUGAGACAGCACUUGAAGCCUCGUUCUGGGGGACCAUACAGUUUGAAGUUGUUCAUGAAUUUUAAAGAUACCCUUCAGUCUAUUUUACCCAGUCUCCAAUAAUGAACUGUUCCAUGUAAUAAAUUGGGCAAGUCCAUCAUUUGUGAAUUGAAAUGUUUAUUGUAACAAUAAUUGAUCUUUUGGGAGUGAUUGUCAAAUAUCCAUAAAGUUGUUUAGACUAAGUUAUUUUUUGUAGAAAAUAUUUUGGCUUUAACUUAAUUGUAAGGAAAGUGAGUUAAAUCUCCAGAUUUGACCCAUCAGGCAUUGGGUUAUAUUAAUGAGAUAAAAAAAGCAUUUCCUUAUGAAAAAAACAAUUUAUGGUUCUUCCUUUGUUAUAAUGGAGUUAAGGUUUUAUUGUUGUUAUUUUUUUUUUAAUUUUGUUGACUUUGUAUUAUUAAAGAGGGUUUUGUUUAUUUUGGCUUCGCUUUUAAGCCAAUUCUCUAGCUCAAGUCAAAAUGCCAUUUUUUUAUUCAUGCAGCAUUAGUUUAAACUGUAUGAUUUUACUCCCUUUAACAAGGUCAAACAAGUGCAUGGAAACUGUUUAUCAUUGCGUAUAUUUCACCCAUUUCCUGUAUGCUUUAGUUGUCUCCCUUGGAAGUUUUCUAUUUAUAGGAAGGCAGAAGACAGAAUUUGGAAGACAAUGGCAUUUUAACUUAACUGAAAAAUUAUCAUUUCUGGGUGUUAGGUUAAGGGAUAUUUCACAUUUGGCUGUCACUUUCUUAAGAAUAAUAGUAAGACGGUUCAAUUUAUAUUAUGUCAUAGGUUUUUAAUUGAGAUCCCAUUAAUAAUAUUUGAUAGUUUAUGAAAGCCUGUUCUAAUUAAUAUUCUAACUUGACAAUGCAUUGCUGAAGAAUGACCAGCAUUUUAAAGUACAUUUUGACACAUAAGAGCAAAACAAGACCAAAUUGGCUUAAUAAUGAAGCAGCAAUUUCCUUUUAAAUCAGAAUUGUCAAUUUUCUGUCUUAAAUUAUUUUUUUAGCUCCAACUUGAUUUUCUAUAAAUAUUGUCUUUAAGGCCCUUGUGUGUUGAUUUCAGUCAUCUCUGGCUCAUGCAUUUCCUCAUAAAGCCCAACAGUUUACUUAUUUAUAUUUCCAGUUAGCAAUUAGAGGCCAUAUUUAUUAAGGUUGUAGACAUGGACGUGUUCUUCCUUUUCACAUUGAUUCAAAUAUUGUUUUUUAAUAAUUAUUUAUUAUAUAAG